GCCGAGCUGCUCAGUUUGUGGUGUUUGUUCGCCAUCGAGCUAAGCUAACAGCACAGGAAUAGUGUGCACGGGCCAAACCCCUUUCACACAUUAGCUCGCAGCUAACCAGCCGCUGGAUCUACAAGUUUGGACCACAAGUGCAGAGUUUUGUAGAAAGGUAUCAGAAUGAUGGUUCGCAGAAACCAGCGGAUCAUUUCCUCAAGCAUUGAUCGAGACCUGCAUUGACUUAAGAUCAUCAACAACAGAAGCCCAAGUCUUUCUGUGCAGGCUACAGAAUGCACAUAGAAAACUGAGACGUCGAUCUGCUGUGUGCCUUUCAACGAUGUAGCUUUCUAACCUUCGUGCUUUUAUUGCGGCAUACAUACAAAGACAAUAAGAUGAACAAUCAAGGAAUAAUGUCACAAGAGAAGAUGGAGCUGGACCUGGACAUUCCGACCGCACUUGUUCAGAGCGAUGGGCAGCUGAGGCGGUCAAACAGCGAGCCCAUGAUCAACGGCCUCAGUGAUGCUUCUCAGGUGUUCCAGAGAGAAGUCCUCCGCAGCAGAAGAAACAGCACUACUGUUGUUCGACCCAAUGUGGUUCCAUCUUCGCCAGUUCGUGUUCCUAGCACAAGACUACAGAGGAUCAAACAGGAAGAAGGUGUUGAUGUGAUGAACCGUGAAACUGCUCAUGAACGAGAGGUGCAGGCAGCCAUGCAGAUGAGUCAGUCUUGGGAGGAGAGCCUGAGUUUGAGUGAUAAUGAUCUUGAGAAGUCUUCAUCGUCAUCUCCGAAGCGGAUUGAUUUUGUGCCUGUGUCUCCUGCUCCUUCACCCACUAGAGGGAUUGGAAAGAAGCAGUGCUUCUCUCCAUCUCUUCAAAUUUUGGUAAGCAGUAACGGUCUGACACCUAGUCCUGUUCCCAGCCCAACACGCCGCUUCAGGAGGAGUCAGAGCCCGAUCAACUGCAUCAGGCCUGGCAUUCUGGGCACUUUAAAACGCAAGGGUGAAAUGGAGACAGAAAGCCAGCCCAAGAGACUCUUUCAGGGAACCACCAACAUGCUGUCCACAGAGGUGUCCCACUCUCCUGAACUCAACACAUGUCUGUCUCCAGAUCUUCUGGAUGGGAGUCUAAGUAGUGUCGGCUCUUCUUCAGACUCGCCCGCCAAGAUGGAAGGAGUGUCUCCCUCCCCCAGUAACUCUCCCCUCACACCCCUUCAGGAUCUCUCUCCUAAAUGAGCUCACAGGCAUCACACGAGGAAAGAGGCCCUAUUUCACUCAAUUUUACUUUUAUCCCGACAUGGCAUUUGUUCUUUUCCUCAGUUGUCCUGUUAUGUUACGUGUAAAGCUGCCCAGGAGAGUAUUGAGUAUGGGACUCUAUAAAGGGCAUGGAGAGACUCUGGAUGAUUUUUGCAUCAGCUGCUAUGAAUAGAUGUAAAACAUGGGAUAUAUAUCUCUAUCAAAGCAACAACGUCAUGGAGGAGAGUUUUUUUUUUUGUUGUUGUUGUUGAUGGUUCUAUAAGGCAAAUAACUUUUUGACGAUUGUUUGAAAAGGAAACCGCUGUAAAAAAGGAGAAUAACUACAGGCACGUACUUUUAUUUACAGUCUUGGCUUGCCAACCGGUUUUGUGUGUGAGAAUUUAACUUAUUUUUUGGCUUUUGUUUUAUUUGUAAGUAUGUACAUAAGAUUCAUGGCAAACGGUAAAGAGUCUGACUGGCAAACUGA